GUCAUUCGGAGUCUGCAAGCGGCCGCGUUGGGUGCUGUGCGUAGGUACGGAAUGAGCAGAUACUUCCCGCCUGGGAGUACUUCACGAGGAGGUCGCGUCCUAGCCGGGAGAGCUUCAAAGGAGAUCGUGACCUGCCCGGAGAUCGUCUGAUGCCGGCUUCGAAAUGAGCUGCUCUGAAAGAAAGCCGUUUCCGUUCAAAAUCAUUCCCGAAAAUAGCGAAACUCAGAAGAUGAUCGCAGACGCAUUUCGCGGUCAUCCAAACGGCCUUUCAUCCUGCAACCAGUGGGGCUUCAAGCUGUCGGCAACAGUUGCCGAUGCCGAGCUGGAGGACCUGUACAACUACCCGCUGGACCCGAGCGACGUCUGGGUAAUGUCGCCACCCAAGUGCGGCACAACCUGGACCCAAGAGAUGGUGUGGCUCAUCGCCAACGACCUGGACUACGAGGGGGCUAAGACGCCACUCUUUCCUGAUAGAUGGGCCUUCCCGGACCUUGACGUGCUGUCCGACAAGGAAUUCCUAACCAAAGAACUGACCAAGAGACUUCCCGACUUCACUGGAGGAAAGCCGACGAUGCUGUACAACGCCAUCCGCGACCCUCCACGCUUCGUCAAGUGCCACCUGCCUUUCUCCAUGAGCAACCCGCACCUGCUGGAUGUCUGCAAGGUCGUGUACACAGCCAGGAACCCCAAGGACGCCUGCGUGUCCUACUACAACCACAACAGGCUGGUGCGCCUCCUCGACUUCACCGGCGACCUUGAGAUGUUUGUGGACCUAUUCAUGAGAGAUCUAGUCGUGGAGACGCCAUUCAUCGAGCACAUGAUCGAGGCGUGGAACCGGCGUCACCACCCGAACUUGUGCUUCCUCUUCUUUGAGGACAUGAAGCGGGAUCUGCCAAAGCAGAUCCGUAAAGUGGCCCAGUUUCUGGGCAAGACGUGCACUGACGAGCAAGUAGAAAAGCUGGCAAGUCAUCUGCAUAUCGACAACUUCAGGAAGAAUCAGUUCGUCAACAACCAUCUCGCAAAAAAGCUUGGCUUCUUUCAUCCGGAUCGAGGAGACUUCAUCAGGCAGGGGAAGACGGGCAACUGGAAGAACUACUUCACUUCAGAGAUGACCGAGACAUUCGACAGUUGGAUGGCUGAGAAGCUAAAGGGCUCUGACCUCACCUUUGUAACGGAGCUCGAUGAACAGGACUGAGAGCAAAUGACCUCCACGUGAAGCGCCAAAGCCAUAUUGGCUGUAAGCGUCUUGCCUGUGUUGGUUGUAAGAACAACAUCACACGAUGGUGUGUUGCGAGUGCCUAGCGCACGAGUUAAGUUUGUUAGAAAUGCUCAAAGCUCAAUGUUGCUGGAUGAUGCCUGGAACGCAGACUGUUUGUCUUGCUCCUAUUACCCGGAAACAACAGUGAAACCGAUGACUCUUCACUAUGUUCCGUGAACCGCUCACACCCAGACCGUUGCAGUAAUUGCUGUAUAGGUUGUGGCAGUGCUUGCGUCUCUGAGUCGCGAAAGCUGAUAUAUGAAUGUUUUGAAGGAUGUGAGACAAAAUUGUACCAUACUCGUACGGCAGCAGGACGGUUAGUUAGAAUAAAAGCUGCUUUGGAUAGCAACGUGAGUCCAGAACGCUAGCAACGUGAGUCCAGAACGCUAGCAAUGUGAGUCCAGAACACCAGCAACAUGAGUCCAGAACGCUCUUCGCCUGGAGACAAAACAACGUUCGUCUGCCACCAAGGAGACGCAACAAAUGUCACCCUGAGUGACGUCAUCGCCCAGGCUCAAGCCUUCCGGGGAAAAAUUAUUUUAAAGUGGUCAUCCUGCACCCGCAUGGCGGGACCUUUCCC